AUGGCUGACACCAAACAAGAUAUCGAAACUUCGGAGGAUGAGAGGAAGAUAGUGAAGAUUAGCUCCUUUAGAAAGAAAGCGAUCAGCGCAUCAAACAGAUUUAAGAAGUCGUUCAGGAGGAAGAGUCGGAGGACCAGCAGCAGAAUCGUGUCAGAACCAGGUGGCAUCAAUGCCGAGGAUCUAAGGUCUAUUAAUGCAUUCCGUCAACUCCUUCUCCAAGACGACCUUUUACCUGCCCAACACGAUGAUCCUCACAUGAUGCUCAGAUUUUUAAAGGCGAGAAAAUUUGACACUGAGAAAGCAAAGCAAAUGUGGAGUGACAUGCUCCAGUGGAGAAAAGAUUUCGGAGUCGAUACAAUCAUCGAGGAUUUUGAGUUCGAAGAGAUCGAUGAAGUUGUCAAACAUUAUCCUCAAGGCUAUCAUGGAGUGGACAAAGAAGGAAGGCCGGUUUACAUUGAGAGAUUAGGCCAAAUAGAUGCCAACAAGCUACUACAAGUGACCACGAUGGACCGGUACGAGAAAUACCAUGUGAAAGAGUUCGAGAAGAUGUUCAAGAUCAAGUUUCCUUCUUGUUCAGCGGCAGCCAACAAGCACAUUGAUCAAAGCACGACCAUUUUUGAUGUGCAAGGCGUGGGGCUUAAGAACUUCAACAAAUGUGCGAGGGAGCUUCUACAACGCCUUCUCAAGAUUGACAAUGACAAUUACCCUGAGACUUUGAACAGAAUGUUCAUCAUCAAUGCGGGUCCUGGAUUCAGGCUCUUGUGGGGACCUGUGAAAUCUUUCCUUGAUCCCAAGACGACAUCAAAGAUUCAUGUUCUUGGAAACAAAUACCAGAGCAAAUUGCUUGAAGCCAUUGACGUUAGCGAGUUGCCACAUUUCUUUGGCGGCCGUUGCACUUGUGAAGACAAAGGAGGUUGCAUGCGAUCUGAUAAAGGCCCAUGGAACGAUCCUGAGAUUCUUAAGAUGGUGAAGAAUCCUGAAGUCAAGUUCUCGACUAUUUCAGAGGACGAACGCAUACUUGUAGAAGAAGAAAUAUCGAUGGUCUUUGAACCUCUGGAGAGAAAGAAGAAGAGAACCAUCAAAGACAAUGUUAGUGAGAAACACAUUGCAGCAGUUGACAAGUUCAUGGCUUUGUCUUUACCUGCAAAACCUCCAAAAACCGCCAAAGGAGGGAAGGGACCACAAAAGAAAGAUGAUGGUUUUCUUGUGGGAGGGGUUAUCGCCUUUGUGAUGGGAAUUCUAGCAAUGGUCCGGCUAUCUAAAGGGGUCCCACGCAAGCUCACAGAGGCUGCAUUAUUCGGAAACUCAGUUUACAGUGAACAGUCAAAAACAACUGAACCAAACCAAGAUCAGCUUUCAACACCAGUAUCAAGCUCUGAGUAUGUCUUAAUGGCAAAGAGAAUGUCCGAUCUUGAAGAAAAGUACAUGUCUCUUGAUUCGAAACCAACGGAUGAUGGUUUAGAGAAAGAGAAUAAACUUCUGGCUGCGCUAAACCGGGUUCAAGUGCUUGAGCAGGAGUUAUCUGAGACCAAAAAAGCUUUGGAUGAAACGAUCGCCAAACAGAAGGGGAUACUUGAAUAUAUCGAGAAGAAAAAAACAAAGAAGAGACUGACUAAGAAGCGGCGACUGGAAAAAAAAUCAUUUGUUUCUUCCUUCCUUGUCAUGGAGAUUCUCUCUAACGGUAGCCACAAAAGGAAGCGUGAGGAUGGACUCUGUCUCAGUUCUGAAGCAAAGCGGCUUAGGAACUCAUCGAAAGUUACAGACUUUUCACACCCCUUUGCCGUCAGCAACAUGCUUGAAGCUUUAGAUGGUGGUAAGUUCGGCAGUGUCACCAAAGAACUGGAAGAGGUAGCUAACCUGAGGAUGGAACUGGUGAAGCGUUGCAUCUGGUUAUAUCCAUCACUAGCAAAUACUGUCUUCGGAGCAGACGAUGGUCAAGAGCUUAUGAGUUUGGAAAAUCAGCUUGCUUUGGAUUGUGUCAUCGACUUGGAUGCUGAUGCUGAUGCUUCCAAGAAAGCUCUCUGUGUGGUUCCGUCGAACGAGAUUGUUAUUCUUGACUCUGAUGAUGAAGAUGUUGAGAGUGAGAAGCCCAAGUACCCCUUUCAGUCAAGUCUUGUGCAACAUCAGAAGAGUCUAGGUGAUGUGCAGCCUGUAACGCCACAAUUCGCUUUUGAGGAGGUUGUUUUGGGGAAGGGGAAGGAGACUUCUUGUGCCAUUACGCCCAUGGAGGGACAGAGUAGCAGAGGCAACUUCCUUGCAAUAGAAAGCGGUAUGGCUCUUGACAAAGAUGUCUACGUGGGACAAAAAAGGAAAGAAAAGGUCCUUGCCAUAGAAAAUGGUGUGGUCAACGAUAAGGGUGUCUAUGUCGGAGUUGAGGAAGAAGAAAGUGGUGAUGAGUCUGAAGCAGCAGAUGAGGAUCUUGGUAAUAUCUGGAAUGAAAUGGCUAUGUCAAUAGUGUGCUCAAAGGAUGUGGAGACUUCACGUAAUGAAUCAAAGACCAAUGAAGUGGAAGACUGUGAGCACUCCUUUAUUCUAAAGGACGAUAUGGGUUAUGUUUGCCGUGUCUGCGGAGUUAUUGACAAAAGCAUCUUAGACAUUAUUGAUGUCAAUUUCAGUAAAGCGAAAAGAAGCACGAGAACAUAUGCUUCUGAAGCUCGGACGAAAAAGUUUGGUGAAUCUGAUUUUGAGAUUCAGUUAUCUGAAGAAGGGCUGAUGAUAGGUGGACUUUCUGCUCAUCCAACGCAUGCUGACAAGAUGAAGCCUCAUCAAAUUGAGGGGUUCCAAUUCCUUUGCAGCAACUUAGUAGCAGAUGAGCCUGGUGGCUGUAUCAUGGCUCAUGCUCCAGGUUCUGGUAAAACCUUCAUGAUCAUCAGUUUCAUGCAGAGCUUCCUUGCCAAGUAUCCUCAGGCUAAGCCACUGGUUGUGCUUCCAAAGGGGAUUUUAUCUACCUGGAAAAGAGAGUUUGUGAGAUGGCAAGUCGAGGACAUUCCACUGCUUGACUUCUACAGUGCUAAAGCAGAGAACCGUGCACAACAGCUGGCUAUAUUGAAACAGUGGAUGGAGAAGAAGAGUAUCUUGUUUCUUGGUUACAAGCAGUUCUCAACCAUUGUCUGUGAUGAUACAAGUGCUGACUCACGUUCUUGCCAGGAGAUAUUACUGAAAGUACCUUCGAUUCUUAUUUUGGAUGAAGGACACACUCCCAGAAACGAGGACACAAAUGUAUUGCAGUCCCUUGCCCAAGUCCAAACACCAAGGAAAGUUGUCCUUUCAGGAACGCUUUAUCAGAAUCAUGUAAAGGAGGUUUUCAACAUUCUGAACCUCGUUCGACCCAAGUUCCUCAAGUUGGAUACUUCCAAGUCUAUUGUUAGAAAGAUCUUGGACCGUGCUCCUAUAUCCGCUGUCAGGUCUCAUCUGGGAGGAGAUGUAUCUGCAGCUUUCAACGAGAUUGUGGAGCACACACUGCAGAAGUGCGAGGAUUUCAAGAUGAAAAUUAACAUGAUCCAAGAUUUGAGGGAGAUGACAAAGAAGGUGCUUCAUUACUACAAAGGAGACUUCUUAGAUGAGCUUCCUGGGCUUGAUGAUUUCACUGUGGUGCUCAAUCUGUCUCCAAGGCAGUUGACUGAAGUGAAGAAGUUGAGGCGUGAGAAGAGAAAAUUCAAGGUUUCAGCUGUGGGGAGUGCAAUUUACCUUCAUCCGAAGCUGAACGCUUUCUCUGAGAAGUCUGAUAAUAUCUCUGAUACGACUAUGGACGAGAUGCUAGAGAAGCUAGAUGUGAAUGAAGGAGUCAAAGCGAAAUUCUUCCUUAACUUGAUAGACCUGUGUGACUCAGCAGGUGAGAAGCUCUUGGUUUUCAGCCAAUAUCUCGUGCCUCUGAAGUUUCUUGAAAGACUAGCUGCUCUAGCUAAAGGAUGGAAACUAGGGAAAGAAGUCUUUGUUCUAACAGGUGAAUCCAGCGCUGAGCAGCGUGAGUUUUCUAUGGAAAGGUUCAACAAUUCGCCAGACGCCAAAGUAUUCUUCGGUUCGAUAAGGGCUUGUGGAGAAGGUAUCUCUCUAGUUGGAGCAUCUCGGAUACUGAUUCUGGAUGUUCCUCUAAACCCUUCUGUGACACGACAAGCAAUUGGAAGAGCUUUUCGACCCGGACAGACAAAGAAAGUGCAUGCGUACAGAUUGAUAGCUGGGUCAUCGCCUGAGGAAGAGGAUCACAACACUUGCUUUAAAAAGGAAGUCAUCUCAAAGAUGUGGUUCGAGUGGAACGAGUACUGUGGAUACCGUAACUUUGAGGUAGAGACAGUCGAUGUGGAUGAUGCUGGUGAUAUGUUCCUUGAAAGUCCUGCCUUAAGAGAAGACAUAAGAAUUCUCUACAAAAGGUAA